UUAGCUCCGGAAAAAAAAGAAAACAAAGCAAUUAAAAAGAUUGACAGGUAUGGUUUGUGUGAGACCUAUUUGUAAUUGUCAGGGUGACGUUGGCGAGAGGAGGAGGAGUAAAAACUGAAGCAGGAAAAGCAGCUCGAUGUGUCUGUCUAUCAGUUGAGACUGUCUGAAAGCUCUGCGAUCCGAAUGUGUGUUAUAUUUCACUGAAAGAGGAGAGAGGGAGAGCGCAUCUCCUCUCUCCCAGGAGUUUGGGGGGGGACAGUACACGCUCAUGUCGCCCACCCAGUGAAUGUCCGCUCUUCGCCCCCUCGAUUUCUCCUCGGAAGAAGCGGAGAUCCUGGCGGCCAAGCCCCCCGGGGGCAGCGCGGGGCACAAAGUGGCGCUCCAGCGGGUGACACUGUUUGAUCUGUGACUGUUUGGAAGGUGGAGCAGCGCUGACAUCUCCCCCGGCGCAUGUAUGUACGGGGGCUUCACUCCUCUGUCUUGUUUGCUUUCUUCCUCCUAGACUAAGUGCGGGAGGAAAGGACAGCCCGAUCGGCCUCGCUGGCGCACAAUGAGAGAGCUGCGACCCGCGCACUAACAGCGCCCGCCGCGACCCCCACCCGGCGAGGAGAGAGGGGCCGAGAAAGUUGCGCGCGGAGACUCGCGGCUCGCCGAGGAAGGCGCGGGAGCGCCCGGCCGGCGGCGCCCGGACAGCGCCCGCCCAGCACAGCGCGAGCGGCAUGGAGCGCGGGCCGCGGGCCGGCCCUCCGAGCGCCCGCUGCUGCGCCCGCGGCCCGCGCCGGGGAUGACUCCGGGCUCGGCGCCCAGGCCCCGCGCGCUCCGCCCGCAGCCCGGCGGCCGGGGAGCGGCCCGCGCGGCCGCCGCCGCCUCCUGAGCGGCCCGGGCGCGGCGGUCCAUGCGAGCGGCGCCCGCGGUCCGCGGCGCGCCCGGAGCCCGGAGCCCGCGGGGACGAGGCCAAAGUUGGGCGCGCCGCGGAGUUGCGCCCGCGCCCGGGCCCCGCGUCCCCGCGUCCCCGCGCCCCGCGAACUCCGGCGGCGGCUGAGGCGACGGCUGCGGCGGCCCGAGCAGCAUGCCGAGGAGGAAGCAGCAGGCCCCCCGGCGCUCGGCAGCUUACGUUCCUGAGGAGGAAUUGAAGGCGGCAGAAAUAGAUGAGGAGCACGUGGAGGAUGGCAGGCUGUCUUUGGACAUUCAGGAGAGCGAAUUCGUGUGCAAUGAAGAGACAGAGAUCAAAGAGGCCCAGAGCUACCAGAACUCCCCUGUCAGCACUGCCACCAACCAGGAUGCUGGCUAUGGGUCACCCUUCAGUGAGAACAGUGACCAGCUGGCCCAUUUCAAAAGCUCUUCCUCGAGAGAAGAGAAAGACCUGCAGGGUCCAGACAGCGUCUCGUACCCCCCGGACAGCUUGGCACAAAUCAAAGCCGUGUACGCCAACUUGUUCUCGGAGUCCUGUUGGUCCAGCCUAGCUUUGGAUAUUAAGACGCCCAGUUCCACCACCAGCAAUGACGCAGGGCAGAAGGAGAGCUCCGCCACCGCCACCCCGCCCACCAGUACCGCCUGCACCGCCAGUACCACGGCAAGCGCGGCCAGCACCAGCACCAGCACCAGCUCUAGCCACAGCAGCACCACCAGUAACAGCAGCAGCUCGGGCUAUGACUGGCACCAGGCCGCCCUGGCCAAGACGCUGCAGCAGACGUCGUCCUACGGGCUGCUGCCGGAGCCCAGCCUGUUCAGCACCGUGCAGCUGUACCGGCAGAACAACAAACUCUACGGCUCCGUGUUCACUGGAGCCAGCAAGUUCCGAUGCAAAGACUGCAGUGCUGCCUACGACACCCUGGUGGAACUGACGGUGCACAUGAACGAGACGGGCCACUACCGUGAUGACAACAGGGACAAAGACUCCGAGAAGACCAAGCGGUGGUCCAAGCCCAGGAAGCGCUCCCUGAUGGAGAUGGAGGGGAAGGAGGAUGCGCAGAAGGUGCUGAAGUGCAUGUACUGUGGACACUCCUUCGAAUCCUUGCAAGACCUCAGCGUCCACAUGAUCAAAACCAAGCAUUACCAGAAAGUGCCUCUGAAGGAGCCAGUGCCGGCCAUCACCAAACUGGUCCCUUCUACCAAGAAGCGAGCACUUCAGGACCUGGCAUCUCCUUGUUCCCCCGAGCCAGCGGGCAUGGCCACAGAGGUUGCGCUGAGUGAAUCGGCCAAGGACCAGAAAACUGCAAACCCGUACGUCACUCCGAAUAACCGCUAUGGCUACCAGAACGGUGCUAGUUACACGUGGCAGUUCGAAGCCCGCAAGGCGCAGAUCCUCAAGUGCAUGGAGUGCGGGAGCUCCCAUGAUACCUUGCAGCAGCUCACGGCGCACAUGAUGGUCACGGGUCACUUCCUAAAGGUGACAACCUCUGCGUCCAAGAAAGGGAAGCAGCUGGUGUUGGACCCUGUGGUGGAAGAGAAGAUCCAGUCAAUACCCUUGCCUCCCACCACCCAGACCCGGCUACCAGCCUCCGGCAUCAAGAAGCAGCCAGAUUCCCCCAUGGGCUCAGAAGAAAAGAAAGAGCCAGAGAAAGAGAAGGAGAAGGCGCCAGUGACUGGAGACUCAGAAAGGAAGAUCAAGGAGGAGAGCGAGGACACCACUGAGAAGUUUGAGCCCACUGCCCUCUACCAGUACCUGCGUGAGGAGGACCUGGACGACAGCCCCAAAGGAGGCGUGGACAUUUUGAAAUCCCUUGAGAACACUGUAUCCACGGCCAUCAGCAAAGCUCAGAACGGCGCACCCUCGUGGGGUGGCUACCCCAGCAUCCACGCGGCCUACCAGCUGCCGGGCACCGUGAAGCCUCUGCAGCCGGCCGUGCAGAGUGUGCAAGUGCAGCCAACCUACGCCAGCAGCGUGAAGUCCUUGUCCUCCACAGAGCAUGGUGCUCUCCUGCACUCCCCAGGGAGCCUCACACCCCCACCGCACAAGAGCAAUGUGUCGGCUAUGGAGGAGCUAGUGGAGAAGGUCACCGGCAAGGUCAGCAUCAAGAAGGAGGAGAGGCCCACUGAGAAGGAGAAAAGCUCCCCUGCCAAGGCUACCUCCCCGGUGGCAAAGGAGAAUAAAGAUUUCCCUAGGUCAGAAGAAACUGGCAGCAAGCCACCGAAGAAAGGCUCUGACGCUGAGACUGGGAAGGCCAAGAAGGAGGGUCUAGUGGAUGCCCACACCCCAAAUGGCACAGAGCCUCUCAAAGCCAAGGUUACCAAUGGUUGUAGCAACCUGGGAAUCAUCACGGACCACUCCGCAGAAACUUCCUUCAUCAACCCGCUGAGCGCUUUGCAGUCCAUCAUGAACACCCACCUGGGCAAGGUGUCCAAGCCCGUGAGCCCCUCCCUGGACCCGCUAGCCAUGCUGUACAAAAUCAGCAACAGCGUGGUGGACAAGCCGGUCUACCCCUCCACCCCCGUGAAGCAGAUUGACGCCAUUGACCGCUACUACUACGAAAACAGCGACCAGCCCAUAGACCUGACCAAGUCCAAGAACAAGCCUCUGGUCUCCGGCGUGGCCGAUUCCGUGUCGUCGCCCCUGCGGGAGAGCGCCCUCAUGGAUAUCUCCGACAUGGUGAAAAACCUCACGGGCCGUCUGACUCCCAAGUCGUCCACCCCCUCCACGGUGUCGGAGAAGUCGGACGCAGAUGGCAGCAGCUUCGAGGAGGCGCUGGACGAGCUGUCCCCGGUCCACAAGAGGAAGGGACGGCAGUCCAACUGGAACCCACAGCACCUGCUUAUCCUGCAGGCCCAGUUUGCCUCAAGCUUGCGGGAGACGGCGGAGGGCAAGUACAUCAUGUCAGACCUGGGCCCUCAGGAGCGGGUGCACAUCUCCAAGUUCACGGGCCUGUCCAUGACCACCAUCAGUCACUGGCUGGCCAACGUGAAGUACCAGCUGAGGAGGACAGGGGGGACGAAGUUCCUCAAGAACCUCGACACAGGGCAUCCUGUUUUCUUUUGCAACGACUGUGCCUCUCAAUUCCGAACUGCUUCCACGUACAUCAGCCAUCUGGAGACGCACUUGGGCUUCAGCCUGAAGGACCUCUCCAAGCUGCCUCUCAGUCAGAUUCAAGAGCAGCAAACUGUCUCCAAAGUCCUGACUAACAAGACUCUGGGUCCGCUGGGGCCUGCAGAGGAAGACCUGGGCUCCACAUUCCAGUGCAAACUCUGCAACCGGACUUUUGCGAGCAAGCACGCAGUCAAACUGCACCUUAGUAAGACGCACGGCAAGUCGCCAGAGGACCACCUGAUCUAUGUGACCGAGCUGGAGAAACAAUAGCGUCCAGGUAUGCAAGUGACCGCCGAACAUUGCACUAACCGUCAUCGUCAUACUGCACUAGGCCUGGCCUGAGCCGCUGAAAUCAGUCUUUCCUUUGUUUGAACUGCCUGUCUGGACCUUGGUUUUUCUUACACAUAUUUUGUAGUUCUAUUUAUAUGCUCUUUGUCUGAUCUGUGCAUGUUAUUUUUCUUUUUUCCGUGAGUCAAAGUCUGACCUUUAUUUCCAACAUCUGUUCUUGAUGUUAGCUAUCUUUUGUAGGAAAUAGUGGGGCACACUACUCAGAGGCGUUAUUUAGCAGUAAAGAAAGACACAAAUAGCAAGGAUAAAAAGACGUCCGAAAGUUACGAAGUUGCCAUGACAAUAAAGGUCAUAGAAUCUGGUAGUGUCAAAUUUAACCCUUUGAGGACUGUCAUUGCAUCUCUGUGCCUUUCACUCAAAAAUAAGAAAAAAAAAAGAAA